AUGAGCUCCAUGUUCAAGAAAAAGGGCGGCAUGGCUUUCAAGCCAAAAAUGCCCCAGGCUCGUCCUCGAGCGCCUGGGGCUGCCGCACCUCACCCAUCGAAGGCGCCGUCGUCGGUUGCGCCCGAACCCGCGGCCGCGACAGAGACUCCCGCCGUCUCCAAGGAUAAAACAGUGCAGGAGACCGUCGGGACCAACGUUGGAGCGAAGGAGCCUCAUGGAGAUCAGCCUACCAAUACCCCGCCAUCGACCGAGCCGAACAUAACACGGGCUGGUGUGCCCCAAAUACAACCGCCAGCGGACGGGCAUGUUGGCCCUGCUCCGACAUUAGACAAGACCAACGAAAAGAGAGCCUUCGAUUUUCCCACCAGCCAGCCAACAGCACAGGUGCCGACUACCUCUACGCAGAGUGCCCAACAGCCGGCAAUUACAGCUGGUUCGGCAGUUGACCCAGCCAAUGUGCUCGAGACGUCGACGCCUGUUCAGCUACAAACACCGCCCGCCACUGCCCCCUCCACAACCGACGUGGUGCCUACGACAGAAACCCAGGCCGACAUUGGGCCCGAGCCGGUGAGCGCAGCGAGUGAUGCACCGAACGCAAUUACAAAAGCAUCCGCCAAGCGACCCCGAAAACGAGCCCCUCAGACGGCUGAGAAUGCUGAAACAGCCGAGGACGGCACCGCGACCCCGAAGCCCAAACGGCCGCGGAAACAGAAGGAGGUUACUACGGAUGGCGAGGCAGCCCCAAAACGUCCGCCUCGACCGAGGAAGAAGAAGACGCCAGAGGACGGCGCCGCGACUGAGACAGACACCACAAAGACGUCGACGAGACCCCGACGAGCCCGGUCGGUGACCCCGGAGGACGCUGAGAACCAGGAGGCCGACCUCAGCACCCUCACGAUGGGAGAUCUGACGAGGGACCUCCGUAUCGGCAAGAAGUUCAGCCGACACGAUGAGCUCCUGCAGCGCCACCGCGAGAAGCAAGCGAAGGCUAGGGAAAGGCUCAAGGCCAAGAGGAAUGGCUCGGAGGACGUUGCUUCUGAGAGCGGGACGCCAGCGCCCACGUCGAGCGGGCAGGCGACACCUGCGCCUCUUGCCCCACCGAAGCCGACCAGUAUGGCCUCGACAGGGCCCCAGUUCCAGAUCAUCGACGGCCAGAUCGUGGUGGACCAGAACUCCUUGAGCCUCGACAGGCACGCCAUCGCCGCCGCGGCCGCCGAGGGCGAGGACAUGCUCGAGAUCGAGGAGAACGACUUUACCACGCUCACGACGCAGAACAGCUACCGCACGGGCUCGAAGCUCAAGGGGCCCAACGUGUGGACUGAGGAGGAGACGGAGCUCUUCUACCGUGGGCUGCGCAUGUUCGGCACCGACUUCCAGAUGAUCAGCGGCAUGUUCCCCGGCAAGAACCGGCGGCACGUCAAGAUGAAGUUCAACCGCGAGGAGCGCCACGCGCCGGCGCGCAUCGACGCCAUCCUCGUCGGCAAGAAGGAGCUCCAGAUCGACCUCGAGGAGUACAAGACGUGGACUAAGGCCGAGUACGAGCCCGUCGAGGCCAUUAUGGCGGCGCAGCGCGCGCAGCAGGCCGAGUUCGACGCCGAGCAGGCCAAGAUCAAGGCGGCCAAGGACGCCAUCAACGCCAGGAACUACGCCUCUCUGCAGGACAAGGGCGAAGGCGGGCCGACAGAGGAGUCGUCGGCGGCGGGUGGUGGUGGUGGGGCCGGCAGCAGCGGCAAAUCCAAGCCGAAGCAGCAGGCCAACGUCGGUCCUCAAAUAACGGUCGACGCCGACGGCAUGAUCACCAUUGACGAGACCGACAUGGACCCGGACGCCGGGCGGGGCAAGAAGAGGGGCGCGGGCAAGGCCAAGAAGAAGGCCGUCGAGUACAACAUGCGCGGCGAGAUUAUCAACCGAUGA